AUGACACCCCUCUUCAGUAUUCAAACACGAACUCAACGAGCCAGAACUGAGAAGACCUGCACCGCCUGGAGAUCGGAUUCCGUCCACGGCUAUCGAUAAUUCCCUGCAAAUUCUUCUCUUUACACCGCUUUCUAGAUUACGCCUGAAAUCCAACGUCUCUGUGUUGUGUACCUCAUGCUCUUCCAAUCCCAAAAACAUCUGCCGCCGAGUUUUGGGAUAGGAAACCAGAAAUAAUUUGCUGAAUCUCAUGUCGACAGCCUCAACGCAUUCUAGCGGUGGCAACCGCCGCCUGAAUAGCCUGCAAAAUGAAGCUCGACACUCGCACUCCCGCAGCCUGUCCAAUUCUCGAAAGCGACUCUUGAACUCGACCGAUGCCUAUUCCUAUGCGCUUCGAGUUGCUUAUCUCGCACACUUGCUUCAACCACGAGCACGACGUACGCAAAAGACGCCGGGACAAAACAAUCAUGUUCGUCGAUCUUCGUCAUCGUUUCAAGACCUCCUAGGAGACUUCGUCCGGCUCAGAGAUUCAAAAAGCACAAGGUUUCCGCAUGGGUUCAUAUCAGAGUUGGAGAAGAGACUCACUGGGAUAUUGGUUGGAAAAGAAAGGCGAAAAGAAUACCAAGAUCGUGAGGUGGUGCGAACGUUUGCUAUUUUCCUCAAUGCCUUGAAAGAGCAGUCUUUCAAGAGACGCAUGGAACAAGAUCGCCGCGUGGAGGACCUUGUCUUGAUAUUUUUCUCGAAUGCAACAAAGGAAUUAGGAAAAGGCAAAGAGUCGAGCGACGAUAGUUGGAGCCUCAUGGUAGACCGGCACGUUGCGCUUUUCGUCCGUCUGAUCACACUCAUCCUCAAAGAGCAGGACUGGGCAAAGGAUCGACCUGAACUGACUAGCAGGCUGGCAGUGUUGGAAAGCAAAUUGUUAGCCCAUGACCAGGAUCUUGCCGAUGGCAAUGGACCAUCUACAACCACCGAAAUCAUCGCCCCUAUUAGCUACGAUGUUAAAGACAUGCCACUAGUGCAGUUUGUUUCGCGAAUUUUCGGUACCAGCACAUUUCAAGCCCAAGAUGAAAUAAACAGGAACAAAGGUGUAUGGACAGAGAAAGCUGCUCUCCAAGACUUGAAAAAUUAUCAAGCACAUUUGACCUUGAAGACUGGGAAGACUUUAUCUCGGGAUGACUUCCCUGACGAUGAAGCCUACGAGGCAUGGAAACGUGGUGAAGGGCCAGACCUUUCACAAAUGAUGUUGGCAAUUGUCCAAUCUAACCCUGAACUUGCAAAAAGUACACCGGGAAGUGCGCUACCGCAGUUCAAUGCCUUGGCGCAGGAUGCCUCAGGAAACGAUUCUAACUUUGCGGAAUUAUCACAAACGUCGAGUAGAUCGAACCGCAUAUCCUAUGUCAUUGACCAGCCUAUUGAUCUAAGCUCACUGUCCCUGACGGACGGUGCGGACCCGAACAGUAUUUACACUUUUAUACCAUCUGAUCCGCGAUCACUCUACCGGGCAAUCCUCUCGCGUGCUCUCAUGUAUGAUAUCCACGAUCAGAAGCUGGAAGCCACGGAGGCAACAUCUGAAGUUCCGUCCAUGAAACUGCUUUCGAAACAAUCGACAGAGCUUCUGAAUGAAAUAUGCUUGCACUGGCGCAUUCCAGCUUCUUCGCGAGUGGUUUUAUUCCUUGAUGUCAUUCGGGAGAAGUUCAUGGAGCAGAAGAUUGACAUUGAAACGGUCGAUUCUGCAUUUACGUUUGUAAAAGAAGCACCGGCGCAGGAUGGGAAGAAACGAAACAACUUUGUGACGUCUGUGGUCUUCGAUAGAAGUCGGUGGAUUGUCCCUGAUUCUGUCUUAAUGCGCGAGCUUUUAUGGGCUCUUCGCGAAGCUCUCUUGAGAGAGUUAUAUGAAGUGAUGAUGCACUGUUAUGAUCCGCAACCUCACCCUAUUGGCCCGGUCAUGUAUGUGCUGGAUCAUCACGUUCGAUCUGAUCCUCAUUUUGAAGAGACGCCGCAUAAGUUUGAAGGAUUUGCGAAAUAUGUCAGCGAAGGUCUUCAUGACAAAGCCAAACAAUGUUAUCAGCGACUUCUUGACGAAAGCAUCCCAGCUGAUCAAGCAGAGUGGGAGGCAUAUCAAGUGACCCAGCUAGGAGAUUCGAUUAUGAAGCUGGGAAAAAAGAUUCAAAAGCGUUAUAGGAACAAUCCCGAGAUUAUGGGGGUUAAUCCACUGGACAUAUUGCUCAGUUGUGUGCUUCCAAUGUACGCCAAGGAUGCGCAGGACAUUGUCAUAAGACUCAUGCAACGAGCGAAAGACCAAGGAAUCGAAAUUCCCGUAGAGGACGGUUUCGAGCUGUACAAAGGGUUUGCAGCAAUCAGACGACUGCAUAGAGAUGCACUUCCUGGGUCGCCAUUCCCUGUCCCCAUUGAAGAUCUGCUUUCUACCUUUGUCUGGCAGUGGGUUCGUCAAGUGGAUGAUAAAAUCAUGGAAUGGGUGGAACAAGCUGCUGCGAAGGAUGCAUAUACCGUUCGCAGUGGAGAAACAAGUAAUCUUCCAGAGGAUGAAUUGCGACACAGUGUUUCUGCAAUUGAUAUUUUCCGUUCAUUCAAUCAAGUUGUCGAAGAGCUGGUAAAUUUAGGGUGGGAUGAUGAUUAUCAAUAUGCCAAGUUCAUGACUGCUCUUUCCAAGUCAAUUGGACGAGGUAUUGCCAAGUAUUGUGAAUUGCUUGAACAAUCCUUCAUCAAAGAGAUGGAUCGAUUGUCACCAGAUCAAGAAGCUUCUUUGGUUCAGAGUAGGCAAGAAAAGCUCAUGCAGUUAGCCAAGGAGGCAUGGAACUACAAAGAGAAGAUUGAGCCCUUCCAAUUUUUGACUGAGUCACUUGUCAAAUUGAACAACAUUGAAUACGCCAUCGCUCAACUCGAUAAGUUGGAAAAGGAGAUCAAUGUCGAUGGCUGUGCAGAUGCCAUUGCGAAACACAGCCCUCCGAUGACUCAGCAGAAGGUUCGUAAAGCAACUACAUAUGUUUUCACUGUCAAGAUUGUCGAGGGAGAGGACCUGAAGGCUUGCGACAUUGAUGGUUGGAGUGACCCAUAUGUCGUUUUGACCGACGAGUACCAGAAGCGUAUAGCCAAGACUCAUAUUGUUUACCGCAACUUGAAUCCUCGAUGGGACAGUUCGAUCGACAUCACGACCAAAGGACCCCUGAAUAUCAUUGCUACGGUCUGGGAUUGGGAUGCCGUUGGCGACCAUGAUUAUGUGGGACGCACGUCGCUUAAAUUAGACCCAGCUCAUUUUAGCGACUUUCUCCCAAGAGAAUUCUGGUUAGAUUUGGAUACGCAAGGGAGAAUUCUACUUCGUGUCAGCAUGGAAGGUGAACGGGACGAUAUCCAAUUUUACUUUGGGAAAUGCUUCCGAACGUUGAAGCGGACUGAGAAGGAAAUGACACGGAAGAUUACCGAAAAGCUCUCGGCAUACAUUAGUCACUCUCUUUCCCGGAGGGCUCUGAAGGCUUUACUUAACCGUGGCCUCACUAUUUCCAGUUUCCUCACGCGCAGUCGGUCUGGAAAUACAUCGACCAUGCCAUCACAGGCGGAAAUCGAACUAGCUUUAGACCCUCUCUUUACAUAUUUCAACGACAAUUUUGCCAUUAUGGACAAAACGCUGACUUCGGAGGCGAUGAAAAUGGUGAUGGCUCGUCUGUGGAAAGAAGUUCUGGUUACCAUCGAGGGCUUACUCGUCCCUCCUCUUUCCGACAAGCCAUCGCACCAGCGACCUCUCACGCAGCAGGAAGUCGAUAUCGUAUCCAAGUGGCUGGAAUUACUUCUAGUAUUCUUCCAAGUUCCCGACGAAGUUACUGGAGAGGCAAACGGUGUAUCGUUGGAUAUAUUGAAGUCGCCCAAGUAUCAUGAGAUUCAGUCUCUGAACUUCUUCUACUUUGAGCCUACCGACACACUCAUACGUACAUCUGAACGGAUGGCAUCCGCGACAGCAGCACGGCAGCAGUCGAACAAGGGCCGCCUCCCAGCUGCCACGGGAUCAGGACACUUGGGUGGUUCGGGGAUGCUGGGUGUACCAAUGAAACGAGCCAAGAGCGUCAUGUUCGUGAGAAACAUUGGCACGAUGCGCAAAGCCAAGGCGGAGAAAUGGCGCGAGGCGCAGGCUGAUCCAAACGACGAUAUGAUUCUGCGGAUUCUUCGUAUGAGACCAGAAGCCGCCGGCUAUCUCCGGGAUCGUAGCCGCCAGAAGGAGAGGUUGGCGGCGGCGGCGGCAGCGGAUGCGAUUGUCAAGCAGAGUCUGAUGGCGAGUAGUGGGGGGAGAAUGACUGGUACGAUAGGACGGCGAUGAGCUGUAUUAUUUCAUCAUUUGACCUUUCUUUUCUUUUCUCUUUUUGUUGGUCAAGCGAUAACUAGCGGUCUUAUACCCAUUACGACGUUGCCUUGGAUUGAGCUCAUAUCAGCGUUUGUUUUAUGUUUGUGGAUAUUGAGACAAUUUCAUGUAAUCACUGAUAUUUACAUUCAACACUCCAUUCAAUACCAGGACAUUCUUCAACUU